AUGGAGUCAGCAGUCCUUCGCUCUGUUCUCACAACUGCCUCUCGUUUUGCCCUGUUGCAAGUGGACAGUGAUUCUGAUUCGGAGCCCGGAAAAGAGGAAGGCCAGAACACUGGGAAGUCUCAAACUCUGGAAAACAAAUCAACUACAAAUGAGAAAAAAAGAGAGAAAAGAAGAAGAAAGAAAGAACAGCAACCGGGUGAAACAAAUGAGCUCAGAAAUCUCGCUUUUAAGAAAAUUCCCCAGAAAUCCUCCCACGCCAUUUGCAUUUCAUCCCCAGUCCCAGCACAAAGGGAUUCACAAGCAAAAAACCUGCAGCAGUGGAGACAAAGAGACCGACAGCUGACAACUGAAAUGUUUGAAGCUGGUCUUGAGAGGGCAUUGCUGCUAAGUAAAUUCGAAUAUGAAGAACACAAAAAGAGUUAUGAAAAUGCUGAAAAUGCUUCAAGUCAGCCAAAAGUUAUAAAUAAAAAAAAUCAAAGAAAGAAUCAUCAGGGAAAAGAACCUCUUACAGUAUCACUAAAAGAUUUUCAAUGUGAAGAACAUAUAAAUAAAAAGACUGAGGAAUUGAGUUCUUCCCAGACUUUAUCACAUGAUGGAGGAUUCUCCAAUAGCCUGGAAGAUGAUAGUCAUAAGAUUCUUAUUAAGGAAAAAAGAAGAGAACAACUUACAGUAUACAGUGGAACAGAUCAUUGUACAGCUCCUGCAUACAACCAGGAGAUAGCUCUAAGAAUUGAAAGACUGAAGUUAGAACUCGAAAGGAAAGAUGUUGAAAUUCAGAAGUUCAAAACUGUGAUCACCCAGAGGGAAGCAAAGUAUAAAGAAGUAAAGGCCAGAAAUGGACAAUUACUAAAGAUGCUUCAGGAGGGAGAAAUGAAAGAUAAGGCAGAAAUACUUCUGCAACUUGAGGAAUCACAAAGCAUCAAGAAUGAGCUAAUCAUACAGCUGACUUCAUUUCAUGCUGCUUUUGAACAAGAAAGAUCUAAAGUAAAAGUAUUACAGGCAGAAUUAGCCAGAUACCAGGCUGGCAGAAAAGGGAAAAGAAACUGA